AUAGAUGCUGCUUGGCCUGCUGCAUUCACCAGCAACUUUGAUGUAUGUUGCUUGAAUUUCCAGCACCUGCAGAAUUCCUGUUGUUUCUAUUCCAUAGAUGCUGCCUGGCCUAAGUUCCACCAGUAUUUUGUGUGUGUUGCUCGGAUUUCCAGCAUCUGCAGAUAUUCCCCUUACUAUUUCUGUCCUCUGGAUCAUUUGGUUGAGGUUUUAGAUUUUAAUUUCUAGUUAGUGGUCUAAUCAACAUAGGUCUAAUUUUUCCUCUGUUAUAAUUUCUGUUUGGUUUCCUUUUAAAUCCCUUUGAGCUCCUAGCUUUGCCAGCUGACAUUGGUAAGUGUGGUAUUUGGAGAGAUCAUUAUUACCAUGCAGACCCAGCAACUGUUUAUGAAGGCCGACAUUACUAAACUUAUUGCAUGGAAAGAAUAAUGUACUCUAAGCACUUGAGGUUCUGCAUGGUAGGACUUCAGUAAGGGCUUUGAUAAGGUUAUAUCUGGUAGGCUUCUGUGGAAAAUUGGAAUCUAGGAAGAGCUGGUUAAUUAGAUGCUCUUUGCUUGAUGGCAGGAAGCCGAGGGUGAUAGUGAGGUUGUUUAUUGGUCUGGAGGCUAAUGGCUCUCUUAGGGUCAUCAUAGGCUCAUUACUAUUCAUCUAUUUCAAUAAUUUGCUAAUUGUACAAGGCACAGUUAGUAACUGCUACUGUUGGCAGUGAAGAUAGUUAUCAGGAUUUACAGUAUGAUCUUGGCCAGUUGGGUAGGUGGGCUAAAGAAUAGUAAAUAAAGUUUAAUUCAGAUAUGUUUGAGGAAUUAAAUGUUGGGAAGGUAGAAGCUUCCUCCUAUGCAUUGUAAAGUUGCAUGCAAUAUUUUAGAAAAUAUUGCUGAAUUUUGUUCAUAACUUGGGUGCUUCCUUCAACCAAAAAAAAUAAUAAUCACCAGAGAAUUGUAAUAGCUCAUUUGAUACAUGAGUUUUGACAUUAGUAAGCAGUGCAUGUGUUCUUUAUUUAAAUGCAAGUCCUUUGUGUGAGUUUAGUGAAUGUUAGCUAAUGUUAUUAGUUCAAGUAAAUUGUCUUCAGGUUGGACCAUUUUAUUAAACUGUAACCACAAUACCAAAGAUGGCACUGAGAUCAAUUUCAAAUUAAAACUGAGGUGCUGAUCUGCUGGUUUUGAUGUGGAAUUUUUACUCAAAAUAUUGUAAACUAAAUUACCACUUCAAAUUUAUACUUGUUAUGUAUAUUUUCAAUUUUGUAGCUGCUUGCAUUUUAAAAAUUCCAAAGUUUGCUGGCUGCUUUUAUUGCAAGAAAUGUUAGGUUUUGAGUAGUCUCUAAUGAUAUCUUCAUUCUUUUAUUUUAACAGCUUUAUCUAAGAAGUUCCUGAUAUGUGCUUCAAAUCACCAGUGAGAUGGUAAAGGUUAGCCUGUGGCCCAGCAUGAUGGAUAAACAGAAGACCAAGACUUAUUUGCCAUUAAGUGGUGCAGGCACUGAUAUAAAUAUGUCUUCCAUCCACACAGUGGGGUAUUUGGGAAAAUUUUCUCAUAGUACUUCACUUGACCUGCAAGAAUAUUGUCCAGUUUGUGCAGCAAAUGGGAAAAGCCAGGCACUACGGACAUAUUGUAUAAGCUUUGAAGAAUCCAUUCUUCUUUGUGAAAAUCCACAGUGUUUCUUUCCUUUGGGAUGUAAACCUUUGAAUGAGAUCGUACUUGCAUCUGCUUUACCAAGUCCUCAAUCAUCAGCUUACAAUGCAAAGAGCAUAUCUGAAUCAAGUUUGUUGGUUCAGCCAUGCAAACAGAAUAUAAAACGGCAAAAAACUUUGUAUUGUAAUAAUAAUGAUACUUGGAAUAGUUUCAGUGGCAUUUCCAAGGAAGGUGCAUUUCAGUAUUCGGGCAGUAGCUCAGGUAGAAUUGACAAUUUUGUUCCUUGUUCAAAAAAUGGAAGUAAUCAAGAAGCAUUUAAUUCUACUGCUGCGGGAGACACAGUUGUCACAAAUGAGGCUAUUACUGUGGCAUCUGGUCAAUUGUGUGGCAAAAGGAAGGAGCCAUCAACUGAAUCAGAACAUUCUGGAUUGGAAGUUCCUAAAGAGAAAUUGUGCGUCGACCAAUUAGUCCUUCAGUGGAAGAACACAUCUGCUCUCUGCUGGCUAGAUUGUAUACUAACAACCUUGGUUCACUUGAAAGUAAUUCGAAAUGUCAUAAACAAUGUAGGAACUGAAACAGAAUCUCCAAUUAAGAAACUAUGCACCGAAUAUGAUAAAGCAUGUGCACUACUGUCUCACAGCCAAUGUCAUGGAACAGGUGAUGGUUCAUGGCAGAUUCACCCUCAGCUGCUUGCUCAGAUAGAAUUAAUACUGAAUGAUAUCCGGGAGAGCUUCUUCGAGUUGCUUCAACCAAAGCUGAAAUGUGAAUUGGGAAAACCUGAUAGCCCGGUCUUUGCUUUUCCGCUUCUCCUAAGACAUGAUACCUAUUUUGAGAUGCUGUUCAUGCAGUCAUAUAGUUGGAGUUUUGAAUGUAUUAAGUGUGGCUACAAAUAUGAUGAGAGGUGUACAAAAACCUUGACAACAUUUACAAAAAUAGAUUCAGAUUGGCAUCCUCUGAAUGCUGUUCAUAGAUCGCCCUGUAAUAAAUGUCAAGAUCAAGAUCAAAGGAGGAAAAUGCUUAUAGAACGGAUUUCCUCAAUAUAUAUGCUACAUUUUGUGGAUGGCCUACCACAUACAGAUUUGGAUGCCUACAGAUUUGACUUUCAAGGCAGUGUGUACAGAAUCUGCACCAUUAUUCAGUAUUUACAGACUAUGAAGCACUUUAUCACUUGGAUGCGGAAUCCUGAUGGUUCAUGGCUUCAAUGUGAUGAUUUGCAAGGUUCCAGUUGUUUCAGACGUUUGACAUUAGAUGUUCCUGCAGAUGAAGUUCACAUUGUCAUCUGGGAAAAUAGUGACUUUGAAAAAAGAACAUGGAACAGGGAUACCAUUCCGCGUUGUGACUCUUCAUCUGCCACUUGUCCUAAUGCUCCAUCCUUAAAUACUGAAGCUACUUCCUUUGUGCAACUUCCAAGCAAAACAUCAUUGACGAGUUCUGUUCAGUUUAAUACAGUAGUGACACCAAUACACAGUACAGUUAAAGAGAUUACCACACCAUAUAAAGACUCUGUAAAACAAAACAAUAUAAAAGAUCUGGAGCAUUCAGGAAAUGAAACAAUGAUAACACUGAAUCUUACUGAGGUUAAAGUGGAUGACAAAGGGAAUCCAUUGUGCGACACUCAAUUCAUAUCAGAUGCACGGCUGUUACAAAAUUCACCACAGGUGACUAUUGAUCGUAAUAUUGCUGUCCAUCCUUCUACCGAAGUACAAUAUUCAAGUGAACAAGCCCAUCAAAUGGCUGAAACUUUUGUAAAUUUUGAUGUGCCUCAAAAACCUGUUUUACAUUCUGAAAUGUCAUCUAGUCCGUUUGGAUCCUUACAUUUACAAGGAACUGAGAUACCUGAUAUUCAAAUGCCGAUGUUACAAAGGGAUUCUGCUAUGAAAAUCCCAUCUAAAAAUUCAGAAAUUCCUAUAAGGUCUGAUAACAAAAUACAAAAGGAAGAUUGUAAUAAAAUGCCAGCAUCUCCAAUCAUGAAAACAUCUGCAAAUAAGCUAUCAGCUGAUAUUACUCAGCCUGCGGUAACUAAACGAAAUUUCAGUGCUGGCUGGAGAAAGUGUCUGUUGAAUCGUCAUCUAUCAAUGUUGAGCACCAAUGAACCUAGAACAAGUAAGAAUGAAGUUGGGAAUAUUCAAAGGGGUGGUUUGUUAAGAAUGACAAAUUCAAAGCAUCCUGUGAAGGAUCAUUUUGAUGGAUUCAAAAGCAAAAUUCUUCCAAAACUUGCACAAAAGGCAAGCAAAAAUCUACCUGAAUCACCAGAUCUAACUGUUCCAAACAUUACCGGUGUACAAAAGAGCAACUCUCUGUUUGUUAAUAUGAAGGAAAACUGCAAAGAGUUACUGUCAAAGAAAAUAUCUUUGGAUGUCCAUUCUUCAAAUAAAAUACAUCUUUCCAAUUCAUCAAAAUUUGGUAAUCCUUUAACGCAUGAGGCGGGGGCUUGUAAUGUGAACUAUCAGGGCUCUGUCCCAGUUGAUAAAACAGAACUGAAUAACAUGGAUUCCAAAGUUCAAAAGCUCCGUCUUAGGUUACUCAAAAAGCUGCAAACCAAAAAAAAUCAAUUGGCAUCACUCGACCAGUUAAUGAAGACUAAUCAAUGUGGUGAACCUGUGAGUGCUGAACAAUCGUUAAAUCUGGCAAAUAACGAUGGAGGCCUGCUGUAUGAGUUUUUGAAUGAACUGUGGCGUCAGCCUGGAGUUGAAGACAAUGAAUCUGUUUGUACCAGCUCUAGUGCUUCAUUGAGCAGUAGUCCAAGCCAUGAUGAAUUACUUGCAGAAUUAUUCACUGCAACUAGAGCUUCAACUUUGGACUACAUGAAACAUGACUUGAGACACUUUGAAAUGCCACCAGAUGGUGGAGUAGCAAAUGGAAAACUGAGUAAUGACUGCAGCAUAGAUUCAAAGUCUAGAAACACAUCUUCUAUUUCAGCUUUAAAUAUGCAACAACAAGUUUUCAAAAAUGAGCUAAUUGGCAUAACAAACAACCAUGCAUCAUCUUUUGAGGGUCCUAUCAAGGAUGAAAUAUUGGUAGAUUUAUUGUCCAUUUCAACUCUUAACUCUUUCACAGGAGAAAAUGAAUUGCCCAUUUUUGAUGAAAAACUUUUUGAAAACUGCUAAGAAAUGAUGGUUCACUGAAACAGUUUUAAAAAAAUGCUGUUUAAACAGCAAUAUUGCUGCUUUUGAAUUUACUCUUUGUUUUAUCACUAAAUUGUGACAUGAGUAAAGUUUGCCCAGUCCAUAUUUGGAAAAUUGUUUUACAUUCUAGAAAUCUCAAGAUGAGCAUAUUUGUGUUUAAAAUUUACUUCCACAGGCACUGUUAUUUUAUAAGUUUCAUUGUACCUGGGAUCUGAGAAUCUGCAUUUGCUGCUUCUGAAUGCAAUGUUUAUGGUCAUCCACUUUAUUUGCUGACAUUCUGUUUUGACGUAGUGUGCACCAUUAUUUAUAUGAAUAAUUUUUAAAGUGCAAUUUAUCAAUUCUGAACUGUAAAUAAAUUUAAUAUUUCAAUAAUAGUUGAUAUGUUAUUUGCAACAACAGAUGCAAGAAACUUUGAAUAAUGAUCACUGAGUUCACACCACACAAAAAUACACUAAAUUCAUAGAAUGCUUAAACCACUUGAAUUAUGCUAAAAGCAAUUGAUCCAUUGGAAGGAAUGUAACAUUAAAUUCAGGUAUAAAAUGUGGGUUCUUAUUUUUAUCACCUGUAAUAUAAAAAAGGCAAAAGUUCUGUUUUGUGCAAAAAUUGUUUCUAAACUGAUCCAAAAGAAACAUUUAAUAAAGUUACUGUAAUUAUAUUAUUAUUUUUCCUAUAAAAAGGUAAAUGCUAGAAAUGGUUUGGUACACACCACCACGUUUCUUGCCGUUUUGCCCAAGAUUGAAAACUGCAUCUUCUCUUGCAUAGAUACAUUUUUUAUCUCCAGCGUUUGUUGCUCUUUAAUUUAUGAUAUGGGUUCUAGAAGAUCCAAUAAACAAAUCACUGGAAAUUCUGUGUGUUGAAUGUAUAUCUUGAGUAGUCACAGUUGAUGAAACCUGUCAAAUUAUUUAUGUAGGUAUUAAUUUUAACACCUGAAAGUUUGGUGUUUUUUGAAAUUUAACAUGUAUAUUGUGCUGUAAAUUGCAUCAAUACGAUGUAUCUUGAACUAUUUCAAUUUUCAGGAAAUAUUUUUUGUAACAGUUUCUUGGUAGUCCAAAAAGGAUUUGUAUUUUCUCUCUCUUAUUCAAAAUAGUUCAGUCUCACUAAAAUUACCUUCUGAGGUUUCUCUGACAAUGUAACUUGUUGGUUCUGUUAACUUUCUUAUUAAAAGUAUAAUGACUAAACUUGGCAUACUGCUAUCAAUAACUGUUCCAAAUGCUUUAAACCUCAUUGAAAUUGAUCAAAUAUUUUAAUGUAAUAAUUUAAAUGUCAAUAAUGCUGCUUAAAUCUUUCAUCACAGAAAACCUAAAGUGGAAUGGUACUGAAGAAAAAUAUGAAAGGUUGAACACCUGUCAGGUUUUUCCAAAAGUAGUUGACAUGCAAGCCUUUUGCUUUAGGAUGUUGAUUAUCAAAGAUUCCAGAUGUCCUGUACAUCAAAAUCCAAAUGGUUCAAAUACCAACCUUGGAAUUCUGUGUACCUUGAUGUCUCUUAAAAAAAUUAAUCACAACUUUUAUUCAUCUUCCUAAAUUAAUCUCAUAUGCAUUUGUCAUCUCUAUCUCCUGUAAAUAACAUUUGCCAAUAGAAUUAAAAUUAAUUUAUUGCAACCAGUUUGAGAAGAUAUCUCAACCCUCAUGAAAACCAAUACUAGUUAUUUUAGAUUCAUAGUUAUACAGCAUGGAAAUAGACCAUUUGGCUAAUUUCAUCCUCCCUGACCUAUAUUCCUAAACUAAUCCCAUUUGCCUGUAUUUGGCCUGCAGCCAUGUAUCUGUCUUUACCGUGCUUUCUGUGGAAAAACUCCCUCAAACAUCCUUUAGAUCAUUCCCUUCUCACCUUAAAUGAAUGCCCUCUAAUUUUAGACUCUUCCCAUUCUGGGGGAUAAAGUCUGACCAUUUUCCUUUAACUAUGCUCCUCAUUAUUUUGUAAAUCUUAGUACCUUUGCUCCAGGAAAACCAUGUCCUAGCCUAUCCAACCUCCAGUCCUGUCAACAAACUUGUUAAUCUUUUCCUUCUGCACCCUGUCUAAUCAUAUCCUUCCUACAGAAUGAUGAUCAGAACUGCAUACAGUGCCACAAGUAUGGCUCAAUCAAUAUUUUGUACAACUGUAACAGGGCAUCCCAACUCUUAUACAAGUAACUUCAGAAAAUGCAUCACUUUGCACCCAUUCUGAGUUAAAUUUCACCUGCCUCACCUUGGUCCAUUUACAUAGUUGAUCAAUAUACUGUUGUAAUCUUGGAUCUCUUUUCACUAUCCAAUGUUUUUUUUAAGAUUCACUAAUCUUGCCAUCUUUAUUUUUGACCAAAUUAAUAUACAGUAUACGACAAACAACAUAGCAACCAGCACCAGUCCCUGUGACACUCGUUUUGGUCACCACUUCAAACAAGAACUUGAUCAAAUUUGUGAGACAUUACUUCCCAUGCACAAAGCCAUUCUACCUAUCUUCCCAAAUGCAAAUAAAUCCUGUCUCUCAGAAUCCUUGCCAGUAAUUUAAUGACCACAGUGUAUAUCACCACUAUGAGUAGCAGAGGUGUGAAAUCCAUGUGUGAAAGGAGAACUAAUUACAGGUUUAAUACCUGUGAAAUUGACAGAGAUAGAUCAAUGCUGGAAUUUGAAACCAUUUCAGAAAUGCUGGCAGAACUUGGGAUCAGAAACUCUUCUGUUACUCUUUCCAUGAAUGUUACUUAACUAGCUGAGUUCUUACAAUGUAUUUGUUUUGGUGAUUCAAUGUCACCUAUGUAACACUGCACAUUAUCACCUGUUGAUGGUGAACUUUAAAAAAAAAUUAUUUGAAAAAAUGAUGGCGAUAAAUUAAAAUUUAAAAUAUUUUGCAUUGGAUUAUCCCAAAUAUUCUGUAUUUUGUAUAAAAAGCAUUGACAAAGACCUUACAGAAUUAAAAAUAUAGAU